GAGAGCGAGAGAGAGCGCGCUAACAGUAGGGCAGCUCAAACCUAAGUCUCUAACUACUCAAACAGGAUUUACACGGACUAACACAGACUCAUAACGCCCUUCACAAAAUAAAAAAAAAUAUAUAAACAAAGGGGUUCUAGGUGAACUAUGAAAAUGAUCUACUGGCAGCUUGCCACUGUCGUGGUGUGGUGCUUGAUAGGAUUUGGUAUCGGACGGAGAGCUGGUGCUGAAGACGGCGACAUUCUAGAGAAAACGAACAGCGCGCGAUGCACCUCGCGAUGUCUGACUCUCCACAUGACACAGCUGACGGCUUCAUUCAAACAUCUUCAGAGUGACAGUGUCCUGAGUUGGUGUGAGAGUCACCGUCGAUGCUCACAGUGCCUACAGCCGUGCAAGGAGUUAUGGGAAUCGGGACGAGGUCUUUCAGAGAAGUCCUGUGAGCACCACGAGUGUGUGACCAGUGCUGAGUUCCUGCUCUCGCUGCGGUCUCAGAAGCAGGGCGACUGCCCGUCUCCUCAAAGGGCCUCUGGCUUCGCCGCUGCCUGCGUCGAGAGCUGCAACGCCGAUAAGGAAUGUUCCGGCUCCAAGAAGUGCUGCCCGAAUGGCUGCGGACACACCUGCCAGACUCCGACAAACCUCUUCAAGGGUGUUCCACUGAAGCCAAAGAAGGACAUGUCCUUCUCAGAGGACCAUUUAGGACAUCUGGAGGUGAAGUGGACGUCCAAGUUUAAUGUGUCCAUCGAGCCUGUCCUGUAUGUCCUGCAGAGGAGGUGGAACUACGGCAUCCACCCGAGCGAGGACGAGGCCUCGUCCUGGCAAACCGUUCUCAUGACCAUAGAGGAGCGGGCAGUGCUGAAAGACGUCCGACCCCACAGGUGGUACCAGUUCAGAGUGAGCGCGGUCAACAACCAGGGCACACGGGGCUUCACCACCCCCAGCAAGCACUUCUUCUCCUCCAGAGAUCCCUUCCCACCGGAGGCUCCCCAGAACCUGCGGACAGGGAACUUCACCGUCCGGCCCGACGGCACCAUCAGCGUGGCCCUGCACUGGGACUCUCCGCCUGAGGGCGACCUGCCCGUCCACCACUACAGGGUCAGCUGGAGCGUCCGCGGGGCCCAGCGCCUCAGCCAGAGUCGCCGGGAAAAUGCCAGGGUCACCGAUGGGGCUGCAACAGAGUUUGAGCUCCCUGGACUGCAGCCUAACGUUGUCCAUCAGGUCCAGGUGCAGGCCAUAGCCUAUUGGGGUCAGAAACGCCUGAAGAGUCCCAAAGCUCUGCUAUCCUUCACUACUACAUCAACAGCUUCCUCGACAGCCCCAGGCCAGGGCCACUUCACUGGGGAGUUCUCCAACGAGCUGCCCCUCUCGCACUCCUCACCCAGCAUCGUGAGGCUGGAGGCAGCCGCUCCGCACUACCACGACAACCAGCUGCAGGUCAAGGUCUUCUGGAAGAGCCGGCACCAAGAAGAGGACCAGAAAGAGACCCCUUCUUAUUCGUUGAGAUGGUAUCCAGAAGUAUGCACCAACAAUGUCACAAAGAGGGAGAAAAAAGCCACUGUUCAGGGAACCCAUUUUGUGAUUACCGGCCUGCUCUUCGCAUGUAAGUACCGUGUGGCAGUGAUGCCCCUGUCCGAGGCUCCGAGGUCAGAGGCCGUUACCUCGGUAACCACCCCGCAGUGCUUGUCCCUAAAAGGCAGAGGGAAGAAGUUCAUCCCCUGCGCCAGAGACGACCACCACCCAGUGGUCAGGAAGACACAGCUCCGGCCAGAGAAGCUCAGCGUGGAAUUCCAGGCAGUUAACGGCUCACUGCGGGGCAUGUUCAGCUGGCAAGUGUCGCAGGCGGCCCCGGGCCAAGCCGCCAUCACCGGCUUCCAAAUCUCCUGGGUGCGGGUCUCAAGCAGCCACGGCACCGACGGCAGCAGCAGCAGCAAAGAUGCCGUCGCCGCCACAACAGACGCGGCCGUCUCCCAGACCCAGACCCUGCCUCCAGACCAGUUCUCGUUCACGGUGGAUGCACUGCAGUCCAACAGCGUGUACAAGGUGCAGGUCCAAGUGCUGUCAGCAGGGGGCAGCGGCCCCUCCGUGGCCCGAACGCUUCACACCCCACAGCUCCCCGCCACCGCCGCUGCCACCCAACUAUGAGAUGCUUCCCCAUGCCCACCUCAGCUGCUCCUUGCCCACUGUCCCUGUGAGAGUACCACUACAGUCCCUUAGUGCGUGUCCCAAAAAGCAUAGUUGCUAACUAAGUUAGCAACUUUGUUGGUUGCAAUGCAAUUUCCCAUUGCCAACCAACUAAGUUGCUAACAGGUUAGCAACUAUGCUAUUGGGAAACGCACCCCUGAACGUCACCCAACCCUUUCCACAGUGGCCCAGCACUCCAGCAUAUGUGACUUUGCCAGUGACAACAUUGCAUGACAGAUCCAAUGACUUUAUGUGGAAAAUCUAGAUAAUCCUGGACCUAAAACAUAGUCUGGCAGUUAAUAUGUAUUGAAGGUGUUUAGAAACGUGUAGGUAUAAAUCAUUUAUGUUAUUAUCUUCUUUUAUUUUAUAUAAAUAUCUGUAAAAAAUAAGUAGCACUGAUGUAUGUAGGUCUAAUUGUAAGUGUCAUUUGAUUUUCUGUUAUAUUUCCUCAUAUAAAAAAUGUUUGGUCCUCUAUAUUUUUUUAUGAUGACUACAACUUCGCACGUGAAUCUGUCAGUUAUGUUUUUAGUUUUACAGGUAAAUGUCAUAAGUUAUUUUUAACACCACACAUUUUUCAGUUAACUUUUUUUUGUAAUUCUGGAAAAAAUCUUCACUUCAUCCCUUCUUAUUUAUUGUGAUGUACUAAGAGUGGAAUGUAUGUUUUUGCACGUUGUGUAAGCAACGUUAAGCUACAGUACAAGGCCCUAGUAGUCUGCAUUGGGGUUGUGAGAGAAUUAUUGCCAAGGGUCAGUUGAUAGUCGAAUCCUAAUGACAGAUACUGAAACUGAAGUGAGAUCUUUUAUCAUUAUUCUCUCCAGUGGAGUCAGAACUCCUUCUUUGACUCCAGUGUUGCUUGUCUCUGAGGAGCUGAGGAGGAUUUCAUUUCAGAGGCUCUUGGCUCAUGAGUGGCUAUCUAAGAGAAGGACUUCAGCUUUGAUCAGGGGCCUCCUUUUUCACUCGUAACACUAUUGAAGAUAGAGGAAAUCCGUUCUGCUCCUCUGGGCUUCAUUAUAAGUGGGGAGGCUCAUGUGUUGUAAGUUGUUUCUGGUGUAAACACUGUUUCUAUGCUGGCAAAGUUUCAGCCAUGUUGCGGUGUUUCAUUGUGGCAAGCCACUUGUGGCCGUUUUGUAUCGUAGCAUAUUAUACUCUGUAAAUAUUGUACUUGGUGUUGUGUAAACAAAUGUAUGUCCUUGUCAUGAAUAAAAUCUAAAUCCUA